CACUAGUACUACCUACUAGUGUCUUUUUUUUUAAGUUGUAAAGCUGUUCCACAUGUGUAGCUUUUAGUUGUUAGUAUAUCAGUUUUUCUUCUUUGUUGUUAGGAACACUACCAAAUGUCUUCUUCUUCAUCUUCAUCUUCUUUUUUGUUUCUUGGAAAGGUCGUGGAUGUCUUCCUGAGUUUCUGCUGUCAUACUGGACAUGGAUAUUUUCAAAACAUUUUGAUUACACAUGGCCUUAAAACCUUUUUAUCUUACAGAUGCUUGGAGACGAAGUUGGGACCAAUUAGUCAACGGACAGUCAAGGCUUUGGAAGAGGCGAAAGUCGCGGUCGUUAUGACGUCUGGGACGAAACCUUGUUCCAUCGGGUUCCUAGAAGAGCUCAUAGUAAUACUCGAAUUCCAACAAAGAGGUUCACUCAUAGUCAUACCCAUUUUUCUUACGGAUAACUCUUUUAAUGCGGAUGAAAUCUGCGGACAGUAUCCGGAGAAGGCACCAAGUUGGAGAACUGCACUUGCCAAAUUGACCAACAUUGCUGCGGAGUAUCAGUUUUCUCAAAAUCUUGCAGGUAUGGGCUUGUUAGAGUGGUUCAACAAAAUUGCUCAUGACAUAUCUCUUGUCUCUCUCUACUCCAUAUCAAACGGUUUAGAUGGCCUUGUUGCAAUGGAGCGUCACAUGAAAGUGGUUUAUGACUUGUUGGAUUUACAAGUUAACAAAGAGGUUCGUACCAUUGGCAUUUGUGGUAGUGUUGGUGUUGGGAAGACAACACUUGCAAGGUACAUAUACGCCGAGAUCUUUGUCAAAUUUCAGACAUGUGUCUUCCUAGAUAAUGUUGAAAAAAUUGAAAACAAGAUUCUUAAGUUUGAAGGGGAAGAAGAUCCAACCGUAAUAAUAAGUUCAGAUUCCAAUGCGCAUGAAAUUACCGAAGCAAGGCGUAAACACCGGAAAUUUCUCCUUGUCGCUGAUGAUGUGAACAGCAUCGAACAAGGGAAGUGGAUCAUUGAAUACGCUAACUGGUUUGCUCCAGGCAGCAGAGUCAUUCUUAUCAGCGAGAACAAGGAUUUGCUUGUUGAUGCCGGGGUGAAGCAUGUGUAUGAAGUCAGAUCCUUAAGAUAUGAUGAAGCUCUUCAACUCUUCUCUUACUAUGCUUUCAAGCAGCCAUAUCCACCUUCUGAUUUUGAACAGCUUGCAGUUCGCGCUGUCCAUCUCGCAAGCUUUCUUCCUUUGGCCCUUAGAUUGUUAGGUUUGUUUUUAACUGGUAGAGGUCGAGAGAAGUGGAUAGAUGCACUGCUCAAACUCAAGGAAAAGCAAGGUGGAAAUAUAAUGGAAGUGUGGAAACUUAUGGAACCAUCAGGAGAUAGAGGUCAUGAGGAGUGGGAAGCUGCUGCAGACAUAAUGGAAGGGAACGAAUCAUCAGAAGACGAGACAUAAUAGCAGUAUGAAGAAGAGUCAUCUCUACCAUUUCACUUUCAUCUGUUUUGUUUCUUUAACAAUAAUAUGAGUCUGAAGCUUGCAAACACUAGUAUUUAAUAACUCCACCCUUGUAUUUGUGUUUCUUGAUAUUGUAUCUUUAUUGUUUCAACACAGAGAAUCACUGAAACA